UUAGCCUUUUUACAAUAUAGCCUUGUGUAAAGUGCAGAACAACACAUUAUACUACUUUUUUUUUUUUAAAUCAUCUGUAUUUUCAUCUGGAGGUCCAGAGGUGCUUCUCUUGUUUUCAUGACAAAUUAGGACAUUUUUAAAACAACAUACCUAUAACACACCACAAUCAGGACACUUGGAACAAUUAAGACAUUUUUACAUGCCUAUUACGUGUGUAUAAGAACAGUUUCCCAUGCAAACGGAACCAAAUUAACUGUAACAGCAGUUUGCAAAACAUUAUCGUGACAACUCUCAACAACUUAGAAACAUUGUUCUUACCUGAACUCCGGUGCGUGCUGCUGAGCUUCGAAUGUAAACACGAGGGAAGUCCGUGACUGGUGAAGUUCCUGCAUUAACCACUUCCUUUCUUUCAAAAUAAAAGCCCCCUUGGGUUUUAUACACAGUUCAGUCUUAUACUAGGUUUCAGUUUUGUUUCCUUUUGGUUAUACAACCGCGGCUUGAACCAGCUUUACACAAUGAUUGCGUUUGAGAUCAGCGUUGAAUGGUUAGUCAGUAAGUCAGUCAGUGACUCAGCAUCUGAUUUGGCGAAAGACUCAACUAGAGGCAACGCCUCUGAAACGGAUACGACCGCAGCGGAGCUCUCGGUGAACGGCACAUCCGGGACCUUCAGCGCUCAGGACACCCACCGCAUGAGAUGUUUGCAGGUUGAGGAGUAAAUGGCCAAGAAAAGAGCAUGUCAGAAAGAAGAGCCAGACUUCGUCCUGAGGCUGAGGCUACUCAGUUUGUUUUAUCUGGAGGUGACAAGCCUUGUUUAAAGGUCCAGUGGAUCAAUGACUAUAAAGGACGUGGUGUAUUUGCCUGUGCACCAAUUGAAAAGGGAUCCUUUGUGGUCGAGUACCGUGGGGAGUUGAUCUCACCAUGUGAACGGGACAAGCGGCAGAAAAAGUACACAGAGAAGCAAAAUGCUUUCCUGUUUGAUUUUAAAUGGAACAAUAGCUCAUGGUGCAUUGAUGCUUCCCGUGAAGACGACUCACUGGGCCGGCUGGUUAAUGAUGGCCACAAGUCCUCAAACUGCAAAGUGAAAAAAAUGACAGUCCAGGGUAAACCUCAUCUUUGCUUGUUUGCUAUUGAAGAAAUCCAAGCAGAGAGUGAAAUAACCUAUGACUAUGGAAAAUCUCAGUGGCCAUGGCGAGCUCUGACACCAAGUGUUCAGAUCCUGACUCAAUCUUCUGUAGACGAAGAAGUGAGCGAGAGAUCCACUUCAUCCUUCCAACAGACACCAAGUGUUCAGAUCCUGACUCAAUCUUCUGUAGACGAAGAAGUGAGCGAGAGAUCCACUUCAUCCUUCCAACAGACACCAAGUGUUCAGAUCCUGACUCAAUCUUCUGUAGACGAAGAAGUGAGCGAGAGAUCCACUUCAUCCUUCCAACAGACACCAAGUGUUCAGAUCCUGACUCAAUCUUCUGUAGACGAAGAAGUGAGCGAGAGAUCCACUUCAUCCUUCCAACAGACACCAAGUGUUCAGAUCCUGACUCAAUCUUCUGUAGACGAAGAAGUGAGCGAGAGAUCCACUUCAUCCUUCCAACAGACACCAAGUGUUCAGAUCCUGACUCAAUCUUCUGUAGACGAAGAAGUGAGCGAGAGAUCCACUUCAUCCUUCCAACAGGUCAGCCAGACCACUGGAGGUGUCCCCUUCCAACAGACAGCUACUGCAAAGCAAAUGUCUACUGAUGAAUCUUCAGAUUGUACAGAUUAUGAAGAUAUUGACUAUGUUCCAGACUCAAGUGGCAAUUCCUCAGAUGAAAGUCUUUGUAGUAACGAACUGGAAAUCACAGACUCUCAUGCUCCCAAAAAACUGUUACAGGACAUGCUAGUGGGGAUAGCUACAGCACACAGUGGGGAGAUCACUGGUUCAGAUAAACCUACAAGUUUUAGUUCGCCACUGAGGAGCAGCAGUCAUAGCACUUCAGUGAUGAGUUGCAGUGCCAAUUCAUCAGGGAAUACAUCACACAAUCACAGCUCCAUAAAAGUCGCUCCAUUGCCAAACCCAGCAAAACAAAGCAAGUACAACAAGAAGCAAUAUUGUCUUUAUUGUAAAAAGGCCAUUUCUAAAUUGGCAAGACACCUUGAAUCCGCCCACGGGAAUCAGCCUGAUGUUGCAAGGGCUUUCGGUUUUAAUAAAAGGUCCCGCCAAAGAAGAGAUUUGUUACGCUCUAUCAAGAAGAGGGGAAACUUUAACCAUAAUGCUACCGCGGCAACCUCUGGUGCUGGAGAAAUGGUUGCUUGUCGAAGACCCACUACAGCAAGAGAGUCUGAUGGUUAUCGUCAUUGCAAGUUUUGUCAAGGACUAUAUGCAAGAGAUUGCCUUUGGAGACAUGUGAGAAACUGCCCUCAGAAGCCCAUUGAGGGAGAGCCUCCUGCUGGGCGAAAACGGAUCCAACUGGAAUUACCAAAACCUAAUCAAAUUCAUGAAGCUGUUUGGAAGAUUGCCUGUGAAAUGAACCAGGAUGACAUUUCCUUGGUAGUAAGGAGUGAAAGACACAUUCUAAGCCUUGGUGAGUCACUGUACAAUGCCAGGAAACCACAUGAGAGAAGGAAUGAUUACAUACGGCAAAAAAUGAGAGAGAUGGCAAGAUUAUUGAUAACGGCAAGAGCUAUGACACCUUUGAAGAGCACAGAAGACCUUGUUAUGCCGAGUAACUUUCCCCAGGUCAUACAAGCAGUCAGAGCUGUUGCUGGUUAUGAGUUGGAAAGCAACUCAUAUAAAACCCCAUCCUUGGCUUUGAAAUUGGGGCACAGUUUGGCCAAAGUUGCAGGCAUUGUGCAGUGCGAUGCCAUCAUUGCAAAUCGCCAUGAUGUUGCAGAGUUAGCCAAGCAAUUUGCCACUCUGUAUGAGAAAAAGUGGACAGAGUCCAUUUCAGCUGCUGCAUUGGGUACACUUAAACAAGCCAAAUGGAAUAAACCACAGGUUUUACCAUUUACACAGGAUGUGUCGCUGCUGCACAAGUUUCUUGCCACCGAAUCUGCUAAGUGCAUGAAGGACCUGAAGGAAAACCGCAACAGCAUAACCUUCGGAAAUCUUGCUAAAGUGACUUUAACGCAGGUAGUACUAUUUAACAGAAAAAGGCAAGGGGAAGUUUCAAAAAUGGAGCUCCAGGUUUUCACAUCCCGGAAUCGCACAGAGUUGAAUCCUGACAUUAUGAUCGGCCUUACUGAGUUUGAAAGGAAGCUUGCAAGGCACUUUGACAGAGUUGAGAUUCGUGGUAAAGGGUCAAGAAUGGUACCUGUGCUUCUCACACCUGACAUGAUCGCUGCAAUGGACCUCCUCAUGACAAACAGGAAUGACUGUCAAGUCUGCACAGAGAAUGUGUACUUGUUUGCACGCCCAGGUGUCCUUUCCCAUUACAGAGGCUCUGACUGCUUUCGCAAGUAUGCUAAACAAUGUGGUGCAAAGUACCCAGAGGCCCUCACCUCAACAAGAUUGCGGAAACAAGUCGCCACUUUGUCCACAGUACUAAACCUUAAAGAAAAUGAAAUGGAUCAACUUGCCACCUUCCUCGGACACAACAUCCGUGUCCACAGAGAAUUCUACCGGCUUCCAGAGAGUACCCUGCAGCUUGCAAAAGUCAGCAAACUGUUGAUGGCAAUGGAAAAAGGAAAACUGUCUGAUCUGCAAGGGAAAGGGCUGGAUGACAUUGAGAUCAAUCCUGACGAUGAAGUAACCACGAGUGAUGAUGAUUCCAGCGAAGAAACCAUUGCUGACCGACAUCAACACAAAGGCUCAAGAACUGAGACUCCUGGGGAUCCAAGCCAUGCACUUGACUCAACCACCCUGGACAGCAUGGAUGGCACGUCUGACUCAACUACCUUGGACAACAUGGAGGGCACUUCUGACUCAACUACCUUGGACAACAUGGAGGGCACUUCUGCUUCAGCCACAUCGGACAACAAAAACGGCAACACUGAACCAAGAAAUGAUUCCCAGCAGAGCACAGCACUUCAAGUGGGUACAUCCCAAGCAUCCUCAAAGUGCUCCAAUGGAAAGCAAGAUGGGAAGGUGAGAAGCAAGUGGACAGGUGACGAAGUGAGGGCUGUUGAGCAGCACAUGUUGCAUUUCAUAACGAGCUGCAGAGUACCAGGUAAAAGGGACUGUGACUCCUGCCUCCAAGCAGAGCCGGUAGCUCUAAAAGACAGAGACUGGGUUGCCAUCAAAUACUACAUUCACAACAGAAUCAUAGCAUUAAAAAGGAAGAUGAAUAGAUAGAACUUGAUAAUGCAAACUGUAGCCAAGGUACUAUUCUAUGUCAGUUGAACUGAAUUUUAUUUUUAUUCGAUGUUUGUAAAAGAUUGUUCUGAGUUGCUCAGUCCUGCCAAAUGUUCAGAUUAAUGAGCAUGUUUCUUUCAACCCCCACUCUCCUGGUUUUAUUCACAGUACCUGCCAUAAUUUCUUUUAGAAAAUGGGGUUUAAGAAGAUUAAGUACUUUCUCUAUUGCUUGUUGAAACUUCUUAAAAGAGAUCGUUUCUUCCAUAGUUAUCUCCUAAGUUUUCAGCAUUGCGUUGUUCUUACCCAUAAGUUGUUGAAUCUGGUUUUUGAAGUAUUAGACAAUUCACUGGAAUGGGAGCUAUGUAAAUUCUGAGUUUAUUUAGAAAGGUUAGCUGAAUAUACUUUUUCAUAGAAGCUGUAAGCUUCAAUAGAGAGUUAACUGUCUUUUUUUAUAGAAAGAUACAAAACUGGUUCAGUUCAAACAUGCCUUGUCUACUGCACUGCCUUAUAUCCAUGAGGGAAGGAGGCCAGAUUUCUGUAUUUUCUGUGGUCUGUUCUGUUUCAAUUUACAGAUUUUGCCAGCAAUUAAAAAAGAAAGAAUGGCAGAAA